AUGAGCUUUGAUGUGAAGAAAAUCCACGACGGAGCCAUUGUAGAAUGUUUCGUGGUGGAUUAUUGUCAGGCUAAUACACUCGUGGUAGCCCAUCCAUACAGGAUUGAGUUGCUAGAUGACGCUUACAAACCGCUGGGUGUGCUUGAAUUGCAAGACAGAGUUAUGGCCAUGAAUCAUAUAAGACCUUUGGGCCUCCAAUACGACUGGCUGCUAAUCUUGACGCAGAACAACCAACUGCUAGUGAUUGCAUGGAACAAUGGAUUUAUUAUGUUGGAGAAGUUCUCUUUUGAGUCUGUUACUAGUACCAUUGAGGUCCAUCCGUUUAUUCAGGUUGAUGACUUGAAUAGAUACAUUCUCGUAUAUUCCAAUGAGGGGUACAUGGUUGUGUUGGAGCUGCAUCCGUCGAAAUCCGAGCUGUUCCGGUUGGCACUACAAAAUCAGCCUCCUAGCCAGGUGAAGAAAAGACCAGACGCCGCCAAGCUACAGGUGAACCGGAUAUUUGAAAAACCACAAGUGAUUUACAUUGGGCAUGGAGUUGUGCACAGCGCCGUUUUCCUGAGAACCCGACUGCUAGCAGCAGAUAAAGAGGGCGCUGUAUUUGCCAUAGUGGUCAGAAAUGCCAACUUGAAGUACUCCGUGAACUAUUAUGGAAUAGGCCAAGAGAUAAGUCUGAUCAAACGAUUACCACAGAUGAAUUCAACCCCGAGUCUGGCGAUACCGCUGCCACUUGGGGCGCUGCUUGUGAUUUGCGACGACAUGCACUACAUUUUUCCCGCACCUGCUGUUCGCAGAAUCUCUUCAUCCGUGGCUACGGCCACCAGACAGUAUGCUACCAAAGAGCUUUUUUCCGGAGUCGACGGAAGAAUGGCCAAGCUUUUGUCAUGGUGCUUUGAUGGACGCUUGUACUGGCUGAGCAGUGAGCAGGGUGACAUAUACCAGAUGGAAAUAGGGCUGGACUCUGAAUCGCUUGAAGCUGCAGAACGUCAACUGGACCUCUCUAUAGCAGAAAGAUUACGCACCGCAAACUCUCGGCCGAUCGAACUAGAGAUCAGCAAAUGGAACAUAGAAAGAAAGCAGCAGGUGGAUAUGCUUCAUAAAUUGGUUCCCAGAGGCGACUGUGUAAUAGCCUGCAACCAUUUUGGGCUGUUGAUUGAGCUUGAUAGGAAUAUACAAUUAUCUAAGCAAGUGAGACAAGCAGGCAAUCUUCCGGUUACUUCCAUGAAAGGAGAUUACUAUGCGCACGGCACUUAUCUAUCUUCAAAGGUGUUCCUUGAUGACUGGAAAGAUUUGACAGGGCUAGUGAAGGAAAUCGAGAAAACCAACGAGGUAGUGGUUCUCGUCAUUGAAGAACACGAAGUCGACUUGGAGGCUGAAGAGAUUAAGAGAACCGACCGUUUGGAGGUCUACAAAGCAGGCGAGAAGAUUGGCGAGCAUUGGUUCGACGCCGGAAUAAUAGUACGCAAGGUCCUGCCGGUGCCUGAUCUCCUAUGUCGGUUUGAGGAGAAAAGCAAAAUCAGCAACGACGAGCGGUAUGUUUUGCAGAGCAAACUGAGCGAGUGCUUUGUCGUGCUUGUCAAUGAUGAAGAGGAUCAGUCCGGACUGCUACUCAUGCGAUUUGUGGACGAUGAGUGGAAACAGGAAGGCCAUGCUGUUGUGAACAAGCUCUUUGACGACAUCAUACAGGUGGAAGACUACAGUCUGAUACUGAUUGGAUCGCAAUCGCUGGUGUGGACCAGCAUCUACGGCGGCCCUAGCUUCUGGUUCAAGAACGAGGAAAGUGACUCAAACAUCCCGGUUCUGUACUUUUCAGGGUGGAGAAAGCUGGGAAACGGCGACCUGGUAGCUGGAGACGCAUUUUCAGGGUUGUAUCUGUUCAAAGUCGAUAGAAACGAGCGCAGAGUGUCAGCUGUCCCGGUUUUAAGAAACGUCAUGGUCAGCGACUUCACCAUAUUCAAGCAGACUCUGGUUGUUGGGGACGUCAUGGGCAACAUCUUCAUCAUCGGGCUACAGAGUAAACCGGAAAUGUUGUUUCAGGCCUACCUGGGCCACGGAGCCAUAACCUGUGUGGAAGCCAUGGACGAGCUGGUGAGAGUUGGAACCAGCGAGGGCAUUCUCACAAUUCAGCCGGGAGCCGGCAAUUUUUCGAGGCCCCCACUCAAUCUGUCGAGCCUGCCGCAGCCUGAAUUGAACGAAAAUCUUGUAUUAUAG